CGCCUUUGAGACAUGCGCAUAGACAAGCACCUGCAACUUCCUCUACUUCCGUCAACGCAAACACCGGCGAAAUGACGUUCCAACUGGAAUCAAUGGCUCGCUAUGUGAGUCCAAUCAACCCUGCUGUGUUUCCCCACCUGACCGUGGUCCUCCUGGGAAUUGGGGUCUUCUUCAUGGCAUGGUUCUUUGUCUAUGAAGUGACGUCUAACAAGUUCACAAGAGACCUGUACAAGGAGCUGCUGGUGUCUUUAGUAGCCUCCGUGUUUAUGGGAUUUGGAGUCAUGUUCCUACUACUGUGGGUGGGAAUAUUCAUAUAGCAUUUACCAAAAGAAUCUACAAGUGCAAAGAUGUAUGGAAGGCUGUGUUUGAGAACACAGACGGAUGUAUGGGUGGCUGGGUGAAUGGACAUAGACUGAGACAUUUGAUGGUUACAGUGUGUUAUCAUUGUGCAUGUUUCAUUGUAUAUAAAUUAAAACAUUUUUAGUCAAAA